UGUCUUUCCGUUGCUGCUGCUGCCCGAGCUUCUCGCUCCCACCCGCCGCCGCUGGCUGCGAAACUCCAGUUCCCCCCCGGGCCCGGCUCCCGCCGGACCGGCCUCCCCGCGCCUGGGCGAGGGGCCGGCGGAGGCGCGGGACGCCCCGAUCCUCCGUCCCCCGGCAGCGCAUGCUCUCCCCUGCCUCGGAAGACGCCUCCGCAGCCCCACGGAACCCCCGGCGAGCGCCGGCGCCUCUCCCCCUCCGCGGGCCCGCCGCAUGUGACUGACCCGGGCGCGCCCCGUCCCGCGCGGAGACGCUGCCCCGCAGCCACCUCUGCCCCGGGGGCGAGAGCCUGACCCUCCGAUCACCUGCCGAGAGCGCCGUACCCUUGCCCGGCGGCCAGGGGGGAAACCCGGCGCGGAGACUGCCCCUUUCACCCCCCCGUUCCCCUCUCCCCCUGCCCCGCCAUGUCCAGCGAGGAGAGCUACCUGGCCAUCCUGCGGUACCUGACCAACGAGCGGGAGCCCUACGCGCCGGGCACGGAGGGCAACGCCAAGCGCAAGAUCCGUAAGGCGGCCGCCUGCUACGUGGUGCGCGGCGGGACCUUGUACUACCAGCGGCGGCAGCGGGACCAGCAGCGCUUCGCUGAGCUCGAGGUGGUGCUGCAGGCCGAGCGCCGUGCCCGCCUCAUCCGCGCCGCGCACCUGGCCCCUGACGGCGCCCACCGCACCCGCCUGCAGACCUGGCAGGGGCUCUCGCAGAAGUACUGGUGGCGAGGUAUUCUUAAGCAGGUUAAAGAUUACAUUAAAGAAUGCAGCAAGUGCCAGGAAAAGCUAGAUCGCUCUAGAUCUCUGUCAGAUCCUUCUGAAAUGCUGGAGGAACUAGGACUGGAUGCAAAAUCUCAUGAAGACAGUAAUGAAACAGAUGAUGAAUCGAGUAAUGCGGCAUCAAUCCCAGCUGCAUCCCCAAAGUCUGUGAAGAAGAAGCCAAUAGCAAAGCAUGAACUUGUAUUUGUUGACAGUAAGGGCCUUGUGAAGCAGUCAUCUUCCAAACAUUGUCUGUCAGUCUUAAACCAACUGAAUCAGCAGAGGCUUUCCAAUCAGUUCUGUGAUGUGACUCUGCUGAUUGAAGGAGAGGAGUACAAAGCUCACAAAUCUGUCUUGGCAGCCAGCAGCGAGUACUUCCGAGAGCUCUUCAUUGAAAAGGGAGCUGUCACUAGUCAUGAAGCUGUAGUGGAUCUGUCAGGGUUCUGCAAGUCCAGUUUCCUGCCUCUUUUGGAAUUUGCUUAUACUUCAGAACUAACCUUUGACUUCUGUAGCAUGGCAGAAGUCGCCAUGCUUGCCCGACAUCUCUUCAUGUCGGAGGUCCUCGAAAUCUGUGAAAACGUGCACAAACAGAUGGAAGAGAAGCAAAUUACAGUGUACCAAAAGGGAGAUAUUCAAACAGUAGAGUCAACGCAAAAUUUAGCAGAGCAGACUGAAGUUGAGAUGCAGCCCGAGCAUGGUGCUGAGCAACCUGGGCUCGCAGCCAGUGAGGUGCCAGUAGCUGUUAAUGGAGCUCCUUCCUCUGCUGGGACAGAGGAGGCAGCAGCACCCCAGCCUGACCUCUCGCCCCCAGAGCCUGCAGAGGGCACUCCGGAUGAUAUUUCAAAGCCUGUGGAGCAGUGUGAAACAACUGAAAGUUAUGUCAAGAUACAGCUGCUGGAGAGCGUUGCAAAUAACACCGUGUCUGUUGUAGAGGCAGAGCUGUCGGCUGCGGAAGCCAUGGAUGCACGGCUCAUGGAUACAGGUCAAACGGAAGUUGAAACAGAUCAAAAUGAAAGUGGUAAAGCAAAUGUGGACACGGCUUCUGAAGACUCCUCAGAAACACUCAAGCAGAAACAUGGCAGUCAAAGUAAAGAACAGAGCAUCUCAGAUUCACAACCAGAAAGCCAAGAUGAUACUUACAAAAGCAAGCUCCGCCGGCGUUCUGUUACUGAAGGGGGAUAUAUCAGAUUGCAUAAAGGAAUUGAAAAGAAACUCCAAAAUAGAAAGACAAAUCCUAAAUCUGCAAUACAGCAGGUUGCCAUGAAGCUGGUACAAAGAGGAAAAAAAAUGAAACAGCCCAAAAGAGACACCAUGGAAAACAAUGAAGUAGAAGCUCAGCACAAAUGCACAGAGUGUGGGAUGGUGUUCCAGCGGCGCUAUGCACUUAUAAUGCACACGCUGAAACAUGAAAGAUCUAAAGAUUAUAAAUGCCCAUUGUGUAAGAAAGAAUUCCAGUAUGGUGCCUCGCUGCGAGCCCAUCUUGUCCGGCACACUCGGAAGACUGAAGUGAACACUGCAGCUUCCAGUGUAGAAGAGACAGGCGCGUCUUCGGUGAAAGGGAGAACUAAACGGGAGUUUAUAUGUGAUAUAUGUGGGAGGACUCUACCUAAGCUCUAUUCUCUCAGAAUACAUAUGCUCAAACAUACAGGUGUAAAACCACAUGCAUGCAAGGUUUGUGGAAAGACCUUUACAUAUAAGCAUGGAUUAAAAAUGCACUUAGCUCUCCAUGAAGUACAGAAACAGUUCAAGUGUGACCUGUGUGAAAAGUCUUUCGUCACAAAAAGAAGUCUUCAGGAACACAUGAGCAUUCAUACAGGAGAAUCCAAGUAUCUUUGCUCCAUCUGUGGAAAAUCUUUCCACAGGGCAUCAGGACUCAGUAAACAUAUAAAGAAACACCAGCCAAAGCCUGAAGUUCGUGGAUUUCAGUGUACUCAGUGUGAAAAGAGUUUCUAUGAAGCUCGAGAUCUUCGACAGCAUAUGAACAAACAUUUAGGUGUGAAGCCAUUUCAGUGCCAGUUCUGUGGAAAGUGCUACAGCUGGAAGAAGGACUGGUAUUCUCAUGUCAAGUCUCAUUCUGUCACAGACCCUUAUAGGUGUAAUAUAUGUGGUAAAGAAUUUUAUGAGAAAGCUUUAUACAGAAGACAUGUAAAGAAAGCCACACAUGGUAAAAAAGGAAGAGCAAAACAAAAUCUGGAACGAGUUUGUGAGCAUUGUGGAAGAAAAUUCACACAGCUCCGGGAAUACAGGAGACACAUGAACAAUCAUGAAGGUGUGAAGCCAUUUGAAUGUCUCACCUGCGGAGUAGCGUGGGCAGAUGCACGUUCGCUGAAGCGCCACGUGAGGACACAUACCGGGGAGCGACCAUACGUCUGCCCGGUGUGCAAUGAAGCUUACAUCGACGCCCGGACGCUACGGAAGCACAUGACCAAGUUUCAUAGGGACUACGUACCCUGCAAAAUCAUGCUGGAAAAAGAUACUCUUCAGUUUCAUAACCAGGGCACACAGGUGGAGCAUGCCAUCAGCAUUUUAGCAGCAGACAUGCAGGAACAAGAAACAGAGAUCAGCGUUGGUGGUAGUGAGAUUGAGACUGUGGUAGUGACAGGAGAGACGCUCGAAGCCAUUGAGGCAGUUGCAGCUACUGAGGAAUGUACAUCAGUCUCUACUCUUUCUGACCAAAGCAUCAUGCAGGUGGUAAAUUAUGUAUUAGCACAACAGCAAGGACAGAAAAUGGCUGAAGCGACGCAGGGCAUCGAAACUGUAGAAGUGGAAGUGGCCCAUAUUACAAAGACAGACUGAAUAUAGCGUACAAGAGAGCAAGAAGGGUGAGGUCUUACGAUCUGUGAGAGCUAAGUAUUUAACUGGUUAUCUGAGGCUUACAGUGAUGCCUGUUUUCAAACGGUUAAUCCCCAGUGCUGAACGUCUUGGUGAUGAAAUACUGCACCAUGCAUUACAGGGAAAAUGUUAAGAUGCUUCAGUGUGAGCCAAGGCUUUGAAGGCUAAGAUUCCUGCACUGGACUAACUGUAAAAAUAAAAAUAAUGUUUUCUGUGUCAUGGAGUAAGUAUCAUGCUGAAACUUCUAAAAAAUGAAAAAAAAAAAAAAAUGUAAAGAGCCUGCACUAAACACUAGAAGUGCACAGUUACCGGUGGCUUUCUUUUACUUUUGUUUUUUCGUGCGUUUCAUCAGGUUUGUGAGCAAAUUGCCUGUACUGGAUGCUGUCUGUUUACUCCCCAAGACAAGGGGAUGGCAGAAUGCUUCAUGCAGUGUGUUUCAUGCAACAUACAGAAAAUCCAAGGCUUUUCUUUGGGUAGAUGCACCAGUGGCAGUCAGUGAAUCCUAGUUUUGAAGAACUUUCAAUUCCAGGUUGUGGGUGGCAGGUCCAAGGUUCAGUAAAAUGUUUUGCAGAUAAUGGGCAGGAGUCUACUGAAGCCUGAGGAAGUGUUCUCUGGGACAGACUGUGAGUUGUCAUUGACCAGAGGACAGCCUACUGCAGGGACACUGCUUAGAGAAGUGAACUGCUUUUUAUUUGUGAGCGAGGUGCUUACACUUCAGCCUCUGUGCACAACCAUGUUCAGUUUAAUGAUGUCUGGUUGCAUAAAGGAAGCUAUCGCCUGCAUUGUUGUAUGUAUCCAGAGAACGCAACCUAAUGAUGGAUGUUUCUAAUUUUGUAUUACAUUUAAUGUAGAAACUCAAAUUAAAAAGGUCUAAUGGCACCCUUCUUUGGGUUCCUACCUGGACUUCUUCGGUAUAUUUAUAUUCCCAUCUUGUCUUGUGUUGAAAGGAGGAGCCCUGCUAAUUCCCAAAUGGAACACAUAAUAUCAGGAUAGAGACUAUGAAAAUCCAAGUAUGGGGUAAAAACUGAAUUUGUCUCAAAAUUACCAGAGUCUCCAGAAGACCUUACUACUGCUGCUGUAAGAAAAUACUUCUAGGACAAGCUAAUUACCUGGUGCUACAUCACAUAGAUGGAAAAAUUCUUACGGGGCGUUCUGUGAGUAAGCAUGAGUCAAAGCCUUGGUUGGCCCAAGUUUAAAUGCCCCUGAUUUAAUACCACAAACAGUACACAUCUGUGUCUGUACAAGGUGUGGAUUCUGUCAUUGCUGGUUGCUUGGGUGUUUAAGCAAGCAGUAUGUCUGUCAGGGUAAGUGAAGGUGCUAUGCACACGGACAAGCAGAAGUGUAUUUUUUAACUUGUUCUCAGUCUACAGUAUUAUCAGAUGUUUCACAACUUGACAGCAGCAAGAUACCCAAGGAGCCAGAAGCCUGUGGUACUGCAGGAUGAAUGCCAUAAAUAGUUACAUGCAUAUAACCGUUCUACCCAUGAAACAGAUCCACUGAACAAAAUUGAAGGAAACCCUAUGAGGAAGCAACCACCUCAAUUGAACUAGUAUUUCUACCUUUCAUCUUACUUAACUAUUUGAGUACCUGUCUACUAAGCUACAGAAUGGACUGUUCUUUUUAUACUUUGCAAGCAUGUAGAUAAGCAGUUGUUGAAAACUUUUUAAGCAAUAUGCAGCUGGAGUUCUUGUCUGGAAUCCGAAUUAAUCUGUGGAUGACCAUUUCAAAGGUCACAGUCUUCCUGCAGAGUAGUUAUUUAUGCAUCCUGCACUCCUUGACAAUUGUGUUCUUUUUCUAAUUAUUAAAUGGAGUAAAAUUAAAAUGAAUACUUUUAAAAAAAAAAUACAGAUACUGCUAGCUGUAACUCUUGAGGUUUUGUAUGGUCAAGAAUCUGGAGAUAGCCAUCUGCUUAAAUUAAACUACUGCCAUUAUGAUGGAAACAUGCGUAAACUUCAAAGCUUACUUCAGUAUUUGUAUCUUACAAAUAAUUACGUAUUACUGAAGUGAGAAAAUGUUCAAGGAAAAAUAGCUGUAAAUAGUGCUGGAACGUUAUUUGUAUAUUUAGUGUGUUACAAAAGGAAUAUUACCAGCACCUUAGUGGAGUCUUUGGUGCAUUUAUUUAUUUGCCCAACCUAUGGAAGAAGCUGAAGUGAAUCUGAAUUUCAGAGCCUUGUUUACCUACUGUAAAAAAGCUUUUUAACUGACUUGAUGGCCUGCCAUUUAACAACUAUAACAACAAUAAUAACUAACCAAACAAAUCACAACUAAUCUUGUUUCCUAAGCAAGACUUAGCCAGGAAUGUCAAAGCUGACUGUUGCGGCACCCCUUUCCUAGCAGAGCGUGCCUUACCUUUUCAGAAUGGCAUGAGGUAAGUAGGGAGUGUCGCUCUUCGCUUUGCUCUUCCUGUCCGUGUGAAGUUGCCUUAUGCUUUCCUUUGGACUUCAGCUCUUAAGUUAAGAUGUUCACUACCCUUCUGCAAUCUAUCUGAAGUCAGGCUGCAAAUACGCAAUUGAUAUUAUUUAAUUUGAUUUUUUAAAAAUAAAGUUCAUGAGAAGUGUCCAUUUAUAAAAUAUUCCUAGUGAAUUCCUGUACAUAAUAAAUUUGAUUUGUACAUUCUGCUGGUUUUAUUUAGUGUUAGAUGUAUAAAGGUAUGGUUAUUUCUGUCGUUAAAUAAAUUGAGCUUUGACAUGAAUUACUCUUUCAAGCAAUUUUUUUGGAGGGGGAAAAAGGUGUUGCAAAAUUAUUUACUCCAGUAUUUCACCUUCCACAUAUAGAUAAUUUCUGGUCUGAACAGUUCUAGUAACACCUACUUUUCAAUUUUUGCUUAAAGCUCAAAACAUUAACUUGUAUGAGGAAAGGAAACCUGCUGCCGUCCUAAAUUGUGUCAGACCAUGGCUGUACAAGAGAAUGAUGUUAACCAAACACAUCCUGAAAUCACGUUGGCUGCCAGACCUCUUGGUAGAUGAGGCACUGACCCCACUACCCAGCUGUACCUAGUUUAGCUUGCUUCAGAUGCUAUUUCUCUUGGCUUGGGUUCCUGCGCAAUGCUGCCACUCCCAAGCAAGCAUCCCCCCUUUCCCUCCCCCCGGCUUUGUUUCCACUAGAGACAGAACCAUAUCAUUCCUGGCUGUUAAAGGAAGAGCCAUGAAUUUGUACAGCACUGGAACUGUGUAUACAUCUAAUAUGGUAACAGGGGCCAGUCUUACAGCUGCUGCUGACCACAUGGUGGGAAUAGCACUGCUCUAGUAAAUGCAAGUCUUUACUAAAGAUGUGUUCUCCAGCAGAAGGGUUCUGGCUCUAGAAGGCAUGAGGCUGCAGGGCUGGUGGAGUCCAGAGUGACUUUGAAAGGACUUUUCAGAAAAUAACAGUUUGUCUUGCACCGUAUGAAAAAGCUUUGUGAUGAGGGCAGUAUUUCUUGUCCUGCUUUACAGACAGUAAUAUCAAUAUUAAGCUUACUCAGUGCUUUUAGAUGUGCUGUGGCCCUAGCUCUUCAUGUCGCAGCCUUAAAUUUUACAUGUGAACAGGGCUGUGUUCAACAAGCAUCUGAGUAAGAAAAAAAAAAAAGCACAGCCUAAAAUCCAUGCUAGUUUUGCAAUUACUCUUUUCGCUACACUGCUCUAUUCAGUGCCUGCAACUCUAUAGUGGAGGUUGAUGUCCAUACGAAUGCGGAUGGCUACCACAGUUACACUCCUUUCACAUAAGCAAAGGCAGAAUUAUGAUUUUCUAACAAGCUACUGAGCAUGAGCCAACACUUAAUAUGCACCUACUGUGUUUACAGAUUAUGGGAAACUGGGGGAGGAAAGGAGAGAGAAUUAUGUUUUUAUUAUGACUUGCAUUACCUUAGAUUAAUAAACUUGUACUGCAAGGAAAACAUAAACACAGGCUCAUGUCAACAAGUUUCAGCGGAGCUCUUGCUACAGAACCACAAACACUUUAUUCGUCCAUCUGUCUCAUUGGGAAAUUCAAUCCCAGGAACCGAAUUUAAGAACUAAGUCACAAGCUUAGCUAAGGCUUUUAAAACCUCACUAUGUGCCACUGAAUUGAAAAAUCCAUACUGUGAUUCCUGACUGUGACAGUCACUGCCAUGCUUCCCUGCUCUACCUGGUCUAAAGAGUAGCUGUCUAUGUGUGUACCACAAAAAGCACAUGCCGUAGCGUUAGGGUUUGCUUUGGUACCUAAACCUUGCUUGGACUCCCACCACUCCAGUCUUUUAAAUGGAAGUUCAUAACCCAAAAUUUAACACGCGAAGCACAGAGUUCAAUUGUAACAGUUUAUGCUUCAUGCUUUUAAUCCCAUGGGUAACGAUGCAUCUACCCUGAGGCAAUGGCUCCACAUUAUUGAACACAAGCAGCUUUCCUAAGCAAGCACUAUAUAGUUAUUAAGAUGCUAAUAGAUCAAAAUUAGAGAACAGUAGGAGAUCCCUUUGUUAAUAAAACCAGAGGAAACAAGGACGGUGUUAACAGGAUAAAUUGUUAAUUGUCCAAUUCUUACAGUGUUCUAGUAUCUCUUGGAAGAGGAAAUAGACAAACUAUGGUAAUUUUAGAAUGCAGCUUUCCCUUCUGUAGCUUAAGGGCAGAACUACUCAGCAUUCCUCAAUUUGUAACCUUAUAAUGAAUUAAAACAACCCAACCUCUUUGUGCAGAACACCUUUUAAGGCUACUAACUACGCAGAUAAAAAGCCUUUUGGAAAUUCUAUUGCUUUUCCAGAUUUCUCAUCUCAUGGCAGCCUAGAAACAGCUCUAGUUACACCAGUGAUUUCCUAUGGUUUAAAACCUGUUCGGCUCUUCAGAAAGCAGAAGCCACCAUUUUCUCAAGAGCUGACAUGUCCUCCACAUCUCCUCACAAAGCCAGCUUUGGUAAGGCCACCCCUUGGGCACAGUCAUGUCAGUUCUGACAAAGGGUGCUCCACAAAGGAGUCAGAGGCGGAGAUGAAGUGCAACAUGCUUGAAGGCAGCUGUGGCUGCUGCCAUGCUGGUCACAUUAGGACAUGGUAGUUGGUUUUGUCAAAGUUGGCUGAAUACCAAUAGUAUUCAGGUCAUCUUUGACAGGGGAGUAAGCCCAUGAAACUAUAAUAGCACCCACCAGUUAACUUUACAGACAGCUUGGUUGGGAACUUCUUCCCACUGAUAAAAUACUGACCUGGAAAAUCUGCACAGUGCACCCCCUACACUUUAAAAUGAAUGAAAUGAGGUGUGCAAGGGGCUGCAUCCAAGAUUACCUGAAACACUGCCAUUAGUGGCUGGCAGCACUGGUUUGGGGGUUAUUUACUUAUAAUAUUAUUAUUUUAAUAUAGUUAGCAUGAGUUUGGCUCAAUUCCCAGCCCAGCAGGCUCAAAAGCAGCCCAGCUACAGGGUAGCACAGAGAAGGUUACUGCCUAACUACUUACAUCUUCAUCUAGUGUCUUGAAUGUUUUGCAAGCUGCUCAGGCACUCAGUAAAGCUUUAGCGCUAAGCAAACAUAAGCCUUCUGAGGUAAACCUGCACAAGUUAAAUGGACAGACAUUUCAAACACUGCUAGGCGUACACGCACCUUGCUAUGCUAAGCAGGUAGAGCUCUCAGCAGAUCUCCUGGAAGCACUUAAGACAGCUAAACCAAGCAGUCUACCCUGAGGUUUAGAAUUCUUGACUCUUCUUAGAAAAA